GCCUGCCGCCGCCUCCCUCCCUCUCCCCGCCGGCUGGGUGCUGAAGUUGGGCGGAUGGCAGCGAACCAGCUGCGCUAGGGGACGAGCCGCACCAGCCCUUCCCGGGAUCGCUCAGCGCCAACUGCACGCAGCCGGGCGGGGCCACUUGGGCACUGAAGUAGCUGAAAUGAGAAAGAGGCAGCAGUCACAAAAUGAAGGAACAUCAGCUGUGUCUCAAGCACCUGGAAACCAAAGGCCCAACAACACAUGUUGCUUUUGUUGGUGCUGUUGCUGCAGCUGUUCAUGCCUCACUGUUAGGAAUGAAGACAGAGGAGACAAUGCAGGAAGGCCAACACAUACGACCAAACUGGAGAGUAUCCAGGUCACAGAAGAAUGCCAAAACCCUACUGCAGAUGAAAUUUUGUCUUGGGCUCAGAAUUUUGACAAGAUGAUGAAAACACCAGCUGGGAGGAACCUUUUCAGAGAGUUUCUCAGAACGGAGUAUAGUGAGGAGAACCUGCUUUUCUGGCUUGCAUGUGAAGAUUUAAAGAAGGAACAGAACAAGAAAGUUAUUGAAGAAAAAGCAAGACUUAUAUAUGAAGAUUACAUUUCUAUACUAUCACCAAAAGAGGUUAGUCUUGAUUCCCGGGUGAGAGAAGUGAUCAACAGAAACUUGUUGGACCCAAGCCCUCACAUGUAUGAAGAUGCCCAGCUCCAGAUAUACACCUUGAUGCACAGAGACUCUUUUCCAAGGUUUUUGAACUCUCAGAUUUACAAGUCUCUUGUUGAAAGUAUUACAGGCGCUACUUCUGAAACUUAAUUUUCAAACAAAAUAACUUGGGUUGGUUUUUCUUUUUUUUUUUUUUUUUUUUCUUUUGGUGGGUGGGAUGGAAGAAAAGUAGUUUAAUAACAUCUGGAGCUGGGUUCCUGAAGAACUACAGUUUAGCACUACUCAGGCUACUGUGAAGAAAAAAAAUACAUAUUAUGGUCUCUGUCUACAUUUUUACCAAGGGCCUCCUUGCUCAAGAUGGUAUGGGAGGGAAUCAAUGGAUUUGCCAAAAUGCAUUUGUUUCACACUUCUUUCACCCUACUGCAGUCAAGAUUACAAUGAUGUAUUUGUAGUUUUAUGAACAGUCUCCUUGUGUAUCCUCACACUGCAUGUGCAAGGUAAAACUGCUUCACUUACCACUUAGUUGUUGAAAUAUUUAAUCCAAUAACAUAAAUUAUAUCUGUAUUUAAAAACUUUUUUUGUGCAAUACAGUCCUAUGGUACAUAGAAACAAUUGCAGCAAACCAGAAAAAGGCUUGCAUUUUUUAACAUCACUAAAAAGCCAAUUUUUAAGGUGUAGCAUUACUCUACAUGCUCUACUGAGUAUAAUACACUGACUUUUUGAAGCCAAUAUUUCUGUACAGAGAAAAAGAGCUAUUUAUCACUGUUUAUUUAAAAUAAAUCAAGUGGAGGAUUCCUCUGGUUGUUCACUGCCAAAACUGUGGCAUUUUCAUUACAGAGUUUGCAAUGUCAAAGAAAAAGAAAAAUAAAAGAAGAAAAAAAAAAGCACAAAUCACUUAAAGGGAUCCAUUUCUGGGUGACACAAUCUAUGCGCUGAUAUUGUUUAAUUGUUAAAAGAACAAAGAUUUUCAAUGUACAUUUCAGAUGUCAGAUACUGUAAUUGAUUUAUUAAAGACUGGCUAUCCAGUUCUAACACUGUUGUUUAAUGUUAUGUACUUCAGAAAAAAACAAACAAACAAACAAACAAAAAAAAACCAAAAAAAAACCAACAACAACAAAAAAAAAACCUAAACAACACAAAAAGCUUGAUAAUUUAGUUUUUGAAUAAAGAAAUUUAAUAAAAGAUUGCCUACAUGUAGCAUUUUAGAGCAUUUUAGAACAUUUUGAUGAACUGCAUCUGUUCUGUAAGAUUUUUUUCUGAAAGCUAAAUCCAGUAAAAAAUGUUUUUAAAUAAAGUAGUGUUUUAUGAGGUGGCGGGUUAAUGAAGACUUAGCUUAGCUUCUAGCCUCAUUGAUUUUGAACACCUCCUUGAAAACAAGGAGUUUGGAGAGUAAUAUUAAACCAAACUUCAAGGGCUUCUAUACCCACAGAUCUUACCCAAGCAAAAUGCCUACAGAAAUACAGUGGGUAUCUUUCCUGGGUAAAGAUUCCUGUACUGAGCCCUUAAUCUGAGUUAAGGCAGCACAGUACUCCCAUCACUAGGCUGCCAUGGUGUUUUUUAAUAGGUAUUUGCUUGGCUUUUUAUCAAAGAAUGUCCAGUUUCAGGACACAUUUUCAUGUUUAAAGAGACAGUGACUUGGAACUUAAAAAAAGCCCAUCUUCAUACUUACCAUAUACAAGCAAAAUGAGUGUUAGCAUCCCUCAUAAACUGUUAAAGAUAUACCAAGAAAUUGCUCUGAAUACUUGUUAAAAAUAUAUAUAUAUAUGUGUGUGUGUGUGUGCACAUAUAUAUAUAUAUAUAUUUAUAUAUUUAAUACUGACAACCAUACUAAAGACUUAACGGGCAAGGUUCUUCUCACUUAUGUAGGACUAAAGAUGGCACAAGCCCAUCGUUUUCGACUGGCUUGAAAGGUCUGGCAGUUGUGUCCUAGAGUGGAAUCUGGCCUGAAGACAGUUGGCUCCAACCCCUCAGUUACUUCCUGCAGGCAGCCUCCGGUGCCGGCUUUGGCGGGAGCUGCUGCUGCCGAGGCAGGGCUGUCUGCUGUGACACCGUAACUGGGAGGAUGCAGGUCUUAGUUUAUCUUCUGGGGCUUAUUUUUUUCCCUUUGUUUUACUACCUCUCAUUUUCUUAAUUUAUUGAACAUGCUUCAGAUAGCAGGUUUGGGGAAUUUUUUAGUCAUUCUUUUUACUUGAAACCUGUGUGCUUUUUUUGGAGAUAUAUAUAUAUAUAUGAACAACUUAACAAACUGUUUCUUAAACUCAUUUGGUUUUGUAAUUUAUAUAGAAUUCAGGAGAUGAUUAAAAGGGCUAUUCUCUAUUCCCUAUGCAAAUAUUUUAACUGUUGUAGUGUUUGACAAAAUGGGAUCUAAAACAAAAAUCUGCAGUGGAAAAACAAAUCUGUUUACAGUGGCAUUGCUGACUAUCCUACCAUAUUCAGCACUUUUAAAUAUUGUUAUUUAUGAAAAUGUAGUUUAAAAUGCAAGACAAAAUAUUUAUAAGUGUUUCUUUUAAUAAAUACCUGUUUUGUCUGAAAGUGCUACCGUGUUAUGACAACUUUAUUCAUGUUGGUUAGCUACUUACCAUUAUGAAUAAAAUAUUCAAUUAUUACACUGA